UGUUCGGUGCUCGGCCUCCGUCUCCGUGUGGCCGCGCCGCGCCCGCGGUUGACUGCUUGCUUCGCAGCCCCAAGACCAAGAGUCCAAUCCGUCGCGCAAUGUGGGCACAGAGAUAAAUCUCCAGGAUUUACGCGCCUGUAUAUUUAUCCAUCCAUCUUCUAUAAAUAUCCGCGGACUGGGGUUUAGUCCGCUUGUUUAGGCGGUUGGUUGGUUCUUGGACUCCUCUCUUCUUCUGCCUCACUUGUUCUUGCGAGUCGCAAGAGGAUUCUCUUCGGUUUCUAGGGAGGAGAGUCAUGGGGUCGUGGUGCUCCAAGGAGAACACGCCGGGGGGCAGGCAGCAGCAGCACGAUCACAACCACAACCACAAUCACAGCAGCGGUGCCGCGAGUAAAGGGGGCAAGAAUCGGUACGCCAACUUCGGCGAUGAUUACCACACUCUGGAGCAGGUUACCAAUGCCCUUGCACAUGCUGGUCUGGAGUCCUCUAAUCUGAUUGUUGGGAUUGAUUUCACAAAGAGCAACGAAUGGACAGGCCAAGUGUCCUUCAACAACCGGAGCUUGCAUGCAAUGGGAAACACUCCAAACCCAUAUGAGCAGGCCAUAUCCAUCAUAGGGAGAACCCUCGCACGAUUUGAUGAGGACAACCUCAUACCAUGCUUUGGAUUUGGCGACACAACUACUCAUGAUCAAUCUGUAUUUAGCUUCUACCGUGAUAACCAACCGUGUGAUGGCUUUGAGCAAGCACUUGCUCGGUACAGGGAACUUGUUCCGCAACUUAAUUUGGCUGGUCCCACUUCAUUUGCGCCAAUCAUUGAGACUGCUAUUGGAAUUGUUGAUAGUAGUGGUGGCCAGUAUCAUGUUUUGCUUAUAAUAGCAGAUGGACAGGUUACACGCAGCGUUGAAACAGGCAAUGGUCAGUUGAGCCGACAGGAAAGGGAGACCAUAGAUGCCAUUGUGAAGGCUAGUGACUACCCACUUUCAAUUGUUCUUGUUGGUGUUGGGGAUGGGCCAUGGGACAUGAUGAGGCAAUUCGAUGACAACAUACCUUCCCGCGCAUUCGACAAUUUUCAGUUUGUGAACUUCACACAGAUCAUGUCAAGGCCUAUACCCACCAGCAAAAAGGAGGCAGAAUUUGCUCUUUCAGCACUGAUGGAGAUUCCAGAACAAUUCAAGGCAGCACUGAGCCUCCAGCUUCUUGGAAAACGAAGAGGAUUUCUGAACCGGCCAGUGCUGCCUCCACCUGGGAACGGUGGGCUGAAAUACUCUGGAUGGUCAGCAGUAAAACCGACUGAAUGCACUAGCUACGGAUCAGCGCCUGAGAAGCCAUCUGCGCCUCGACUGGACAGUGACAUAGGUGAUCCACAGACCUGUCCAAUCUGCUGGAGCCAAACAAAGGACCUUGCUUUCGGGUGUGGGCAUCAGACGUGUUCUGACUGCGCGAAGGAUCUGAAGGUGUGCCCGAUAUGCCAGAGAGCGAUCUCCACAAGACUGAAGCUCUACUGAAACAAAGCCCUCGAGAAGAGAAGCUCAUAGGCAAUCAUCAGUUGAAGGGGGAAAUAUAUACUUUUCAUAUGAUUAGAUAUAUACACUAUAGGAGGUUCUGCAAAUUGAUUGGCAGCAGGAAGACUGUAAAUAGAGGGUGUUGUGAUGAUAAAUUAAAUGAAUGCUCAAACUUAAUACUCUCGUGUGUGGGUUAUGGCAUGCGCAUACAAUUGGCUAACAAAUUUAAAGAAAUGGGCCAUGCUAAAUGAUUCGGUGUUCUUU